CCACCCGCGGGUCCCUCGUCUCUCCCGGCAGCCGGGGCGCUCCCCAGGGGCCCCUUCCCGCCUUCCCGCGGUUCCGCACGGCACCAUGGCCUCGGAGAAGUCGCGGCACCUGCAAUUUCAUGCUCAGGUGACAACAAAAUCAACUCGUAUGUCUUCACAAGAAUCUGCUGAUGAACAGAGAAAAAAAAAAGAAAAUCUGCGUUCUUUAAAUAUAUGUGGCCACGUUGGUUUUGAGAGUUUGCCCGAUCAGCUAGUGAAUAGGUCCAUCCAGCAAGGUUUCUGCUUCAACAUUCUCUGUGUAGGAGAGACUGGAAUUGGAAAAUCAACAUUGAUUGAUACAUUGUUUAAUACUAAUUUUGAAGACCAUGAAUUCUCACAUUUUUGCCCCUGUGUUAAACUUAAGGCUCGUACAUAUGAUCUCCAAGAAAGUGACGUUCGAUUGAAACUGACAAUUGUGAAUACAGUGGGAUUUGGUGACCAAAUAAACAAAGAAGAAAGCUACCAGCCGAUAGUUGAUUACAUUGAUGCUCAGUUUGAAGCCUAUCUCCAGGAAGAAUUGAGAAUUAAGCGUUCUCUCUUUAACUACCAUGAUUCUCGUGUCCACGUGUGCCUCUACUUCAUUGCCCCUACAGGGCACUCUCUGAAGAGCUUGGAUCUCCUAACCAUGAAGAGCCUAGAUAGCAAGGUGAACAUUAUACCAGUAAUUGCCAAAGCAGAUGCGAUUUCUAAAACUGAGUUGCAGAAGUUUAAGAUCAAGCUCAUGAGUGAAUUGGUCAGCAGUGGUGUUCAGAUAUACCAGUUCCCAACAGAUGAUGAAACUAUUGCUAAAAUCAAUGCUUCAAUGAAUGGACAUUUGCCAUUCGCUGUUGUAGGGAGUAUGGAUGAAGUACAAAUUGGAAAUAAGAUGGUCAAAGCUCGCCAGUACCCUUGGGGUGUUGUUCAAGUGGAGAAUGAGGACCACUGCGACUUCGUCAAGCUGCGGGAGAUGCUCAUCUGCACGAACAUGGAGGACCUGCGCGAGCAGACCCACACGCUCCACUACGAGCGCUACCGGCGCUGCCGGCUGGAGCAGAUGGGCUACCCGGACGCCCCCGAGAGCCCGCCGGCCAGUCUUCAAGAAAAUUAUGAAGCCAAAAGACAUGAAUUUUGUGGUGAACGCCACAAGAAGGAAGAAGAAAUAAAGCAGAUGUUUGUGAAGCGAGUAAAGGAGAAAGAAGCCAUCCUGAAAGAAAGUGAAAGAGAGCUACAGGCCAAAUUUGAGCACCUUAAGAGGAUUCACUUAGAAGAGAGAAUGAAGCUUGAUGAAAUGAGAAGACUUUUGGAAGAUGAAAUAGUUGCUUUCUCCAAAAAGAAAGCGACAUCUGAGAUAUACCAGAGUCAGACCUACUUACCAUCAAGCAGCAAUCUGAGGAAGGAUAAGGAUCGAAAGAAGGAACCAGGCCAUCGAUUCGAACUCCUGUGCUGUGAUGUAACUUCUGAAACCAGUGGACGUAAAGAUUCAGAGGAAGCCCCAGUUUUAUGUAAAACAAAGAUUCCAGAUCACAGAAGUUCAUCACAAGCAAAAGUCAUUAAAAUGUUAUUCAUAUGUUUUGAUUUCUUGCUGUUUUUAUUUGUUGUACCACUUACUCUGUAUCUGGCAAAGGCCUCAGUUAAUGUCAUUUAUAGAAAAAAUACUUUUAUGAGAUUAAUACAUAAACCAGAGUGUGUGAUAAUUCAUUUACAUAUUCACUUUUGGUAGAAGGUUUUAAAUCACUGGUUUGAUGUGACUCUGGAGUGUUUCUUGUUCUCCAGUUACUAUUACUUUGCAUUGACCACACCACAGCUCAGUCGCAGUGCCAUGCAUGAUGCAGAAACCAGUUAUUUUAGGCUGUUUGAUUGCAUUUAAAUUUUUAAAUGAAUAUUUUUUAUAUAUGUAAUAAACAUAAAAAUUGGGAAAUAUAUUUUAAAUGUGUAGUGUCUAAAAUUCUAACCUCGUUACAUUUUUAUAGAACUUUCUUGAUAGUUAUCCAAUUGGUAAUAUUGCUAAGCUUUUAUAUAAGAUUAUAUAUAACACGAUGGCUUUCUUUGCUUUAGUAUGCCUUAUUGUGGUUAAUGCAUUAAUCAGAGUGUGUUUAAAAGUUUAAAUAUAUAGGUAAAUAAAUCUUUCCUAAUGAUGAGUACUUUUGAACCUGGGUAUAACAAACUGAUAUAAUUGCAUACUUGUUUAAAACUCUGUCUUCAGAGUUUUUGGAUACAAAUAUAAAGAUUAAUUCUUUAAAAAAUAACUGAACAUCUAAAAAUUUAUAUAAAAUAAUAAUUGCAAAAGAUAUUUGAAUUUAGUGCCUUAGUAGUAGUAGU